AUGCUCCUCCAUCUGAAGAGGAGCAACUCCUCUUCGUCGUCCCUCCACUUCAAGCCUCGCGAUCGCAAACUUCAUCUUCUCGUCGCCGCUACUGGUCCCCGCGAUACAUCCUGGGCCAACGCUCUCGUUGUCCGCCUUUCGAAAAACUCCUCCUUCGAGAUGCGCGCCAUAGUCGACGACGUCAUACCCCGUCUCAGCCAAACUGUCGUCGUCAUCCCCAACCGGCCCAUGAGCUGCCUACCAACCACCGAGUGCGGCGCCACCGCCUCCGAAGCCGCCCGCGACGUCGACUUUUACCGACAACAGGCCUUCGAACUCGUCGAGUGGGCCGACCUCAUGGUCCUCGCCCCGAUCGAUGCUGAUACCAUCGCGAAGAUGCUGGCCGGUAUAGCCGAUACCUUUCUGCUUGAGGUCCUCCGGGGCUGGGAUGUCUCGAACAAGAUACUCUUCAUACCCGGCAUGAGCACCCACAUGUGGAAGAACCCAGUCACCAAGCGCCACAUGAGCAAGAUCCACCGCAAGUGUCAUUGGAUCCGUCCCAUGCCGCCCAUUCUCUGGACCUAUAACGACGAUCCCAAAUCCCCCAAGCGAAACGUCGACUGGUCUGGUUUCAACGACGUACUCAGCAUCAUCAAAAAUCAGGCCGACCUCAUGGGCCUCGGCCGCGACGUCGACGUCGUCAGCCAAAACCUCGGCCUCUUCUUCUCCGGCACGCCCAAGGUGAACUCCAAGCUGCCCCCGGAAAUCUGGACCAUCAUCCUCGAGUUCACCCAAGACUGGGAGCUGGCCCAGGCCCUCGGCAUCUACACCAGCCUUGCCAUGCCGCAGCCGUGGUCCCGUACCCCCAAAAACCCCAACGACCCGCUCAAAGUCUACGAACACGAGCUCGAGUGGGUUGUUCUGACCUGCGACACCCCGUCCAUCUGCAAGAAGCUCCUGCAAUCGCCUUCCAACUUCCACGACCUCCCCUAUCUCGUCGUCAAACUGAUCAUACGCUUCUCCCUCAUCGAAGUCCUCUCGUGGAUGGAGGCCAACCGCCCCGACCUCUACAAGGCCUUCGAAGGCAAAGUCCUCCCGACCAAGGCCUCGGCCUACUACGGCCGCCCGGACGUCCUCGACUACUGGAGGGGCAACAGCAGCAGCAGCAGCAGCAACAACGACUGCAACAACGACGACCUGUCGCACCUCUACGACGCAGAGGCCAUGGACGGCGCCUCCAAGAACGGCUUCGUCCACGUGCUCGACUGGUGGUGGCGCCGCUCCGGCCUGCCCCUCGUCUUCACCGAGGCGGCUCUCGAGCAGGCCUCGGGGAAAGGCCACCUCCUGGUGCUGGAGUGGUGGCGCGACGCCGCCGCCCAGGACGAUCGCAUCGUGCUCCGCCCGGGCAAAUCGCUCCUGUGGGCGGCGCAGCACGGCCAGGUCGCCGUGAUCCGCUGGUGGGUCGCCUCGGGCAUCCCCGUCGGCCACGGCGACAGCGUGGCCAAGUUGGCGAGCCGCUGGGGCCGCGUCGAGGUGCUCGAGGCGUGGCGCCAGCUCAAGGGGGACGAUAAGAUGGUCUUCGACGCCGACGUCCUCAUCCAGCCUACCAUCCACCAGCACAUCGACGUCCUGGAGUGGUGGCGCGGCUUCGCGCACGGCGAGCUGGAGGGCAUGGAUGGCCGGCGGCACCGCGUCGAGUAUCGUCCUUGCGUUAUUGAGGAGGCGCUGGAGGAUAGUAUUGGGGACCAGGAGCGGGUGCGUAAGUGGUGGGCGCGCAACGGGCUCAACCUGGGUUCGCGCAGUGUGGAAUGGAUGCGCACCAAGUGUCUAUGA